AUGCCGUCUCAAUCUCUUCCCAAAGUGCUGAUGUUCGAUAUCGGCGGCGUCUGCGAUUUGUUUCUCGGUUCUGAUGCGUCGAGAGUACUACAGGUCGUGUCGCCGUUCCAGGCUAUUCUCGACUAUGAGAUUCAGCACGGCAUUCCCAAGGGGUACAUCAACUACUCGAUACGCGAACUCACGCCCAACGGAGCGUGGCACAAGUUGGAACGCGGCGAGAUCCCAAAUGAUGCCAACUACUUCCGCAUGUUCAAGGCCGACCUGGAACGGCCAGAUCUCUGGGCCAAGUUCCACCGCGAGAAGCACAACACCGCCAACCCGCCGCCGGUGCCCGACAUUGACGCCGAAACGCUGUACUGGACGAUGAUGAGCAUGUCGCGCUCUCCGGACCCGUACAUGUAUCCGGCGCUGAAGAAGCUCAAGGCGUCUGGGAAGUUCAAGCUGGCGGCGCUCUCAAACACCACCCUGUUCCCCGAAGGCCACGAAUUCAACAAGAUCGGCCCCGACGACGUGAGGCAUUUCUUCGAGAUCUUUGUCAGCAGCGCGCAUGUGGGCAUGAGGAAGCCAAAUCGCGACAUCUACGAAUAUGCGCUCAAUGAGAUACGCCACAGAUGGGGCCAGGAUAUCAGGUGUGAAGAUAUUGUUUUUCUGGACGACAUCGGCGAGAAUCUUAAGACCGCGCGGAGCCUGGGUAUUCGGACCAUCAGAGUCUUCCUCGGACGAACUCAAGAAGCCGUCAAAGAACUGGAGAAGGUGACUGGUCUGAGUUUGCUGGACGAGGGUGAGCCAAAGGCCAAAUUAUGA